CAGAGGCGGGACUUCCUGUGCGUUUGCCGAAGGAGCUUCCGGUGGAAGGGGAAGUCCCCCUGAGAGCAUCCGCCGCAGGGACCCGGAGGCACCGGCUGUUGGGUGCUUUCGCUGCCAUGGGCAAAAGAGACCGGGGGGAUCGCGAUAAGAAGAAAUCCAAGAAGCGGCACUACGAGGAUGAGGAAGAAGAUGAAGACGACGUCCCUGGGAACUACUCUCAGGAAGCGGUCCCCUCGGCGGCCGGGAAGCAGGUGGAUGAGUCUGGCACCAAAGUGGAUGAAUAUGGAGCCAAGGACUACAGACUGCAGAUGCCGCUGAAGGACGACCACACCUCGAGGCCUCUCUGGGUGGCUCCUGAUGGCCACAUCUUCUUAGAAGCCUUCUCUCCAGUUUACAAAUAUGCUCAAGACUUCCUGGUGGCCAUUGCAGAGCCAGUGUGCCGACCAACCCACGUGCAUGAGUACAAACUAACUGCCUACUCCCUGUAUGCAGCUGUCAGUGUUGGGUUACAAACUAGUGACAUCACCGAGUACCUCAGGAAGCUCAGCAAGACGGGAGUCCCUGAUGGAAUUAUUCAAUUUAUUAAGUUGUGUACUGUCAGCUAUGGAAAAGUCAAGCUGGUCCUGAAGCACAACAGGUAUUUUGUUGAAAGUUCCCACCCUGAUGUCAUUCAGCAUCUUCUUCAGGAUCCAGUGAUCCGGGAAUGCCGUCUACGGAACUCCGAGGGGGAGGCUACAGAGCUCAUCACAGAGACCUUCACCAGCAAGUCUGCUAUUGCCAAGACUGCUGAAGGCAGUGGUGGGCCUUCCACUUCCCGGGUGACAGAUCCACAGAGUAAAUCUGACAUCCCCACAGACCUGUUUGACUUUUAUGAACAAAUGGACAAGGAUGAGGAAGAAGAAGAAGAGACCCAGACAGUGUCUUUUGAAGUUAAGCAGGAGAUGAUUGAGGAACUCCAGAAACGUUGCAUCCAUCUGGAGUACCCUCUGUUGGCAGAAUAUGACUUCCGGAAUGAUUCUGUUAACCCUGAUAUCAACAUUGACCUGAAACCCACAGCUGUCCUUAGACCUUAUCAGGAGAAGAGCCUUCGGAAGAUGUUCGGGAAUGGACGUGCCCGUUCUGGGGUCAUUGUGCUUCCUUGUGGUGCUGGGAAGUCCCUGGUUGGCGUGACAGCUGCAUGCACUGUGAGAAAGCGCUGUCUGGUGCUGGGCAACUCCGCUGUGUCUGUGGAGCAGUGGAAAGCCCAAUUCAAGAUGUGGUCCACCAUUGACGACAGCCAGAUCUGCCGCUUCACCUCCGACGCCAAGGACAAGCCCAUAGGCUGCUCCAUUGCCAUUAGCACCUACUCCAUGCUGGGCCACACCACCAAAAGGUCCUGGGAGGCUGAGCGAGUCAUGGAAUGGCUCAAAACUCAGGAAUGGGGCCUCAUGAUCCUGGAUGAAGUCCAUACCAUACCAGCCAAGAUGUUCCGACGGGUGCUCACCAUCGUGCAGGCCCAUUGCAAGCUGGGUUUGACCGCAACCCUUGUCCGGGAAGAUGACAAAAUCGUCGAUUUAAAUUUUCUGAUUGGGCCCAAACUCUAUGAAGCCAACUGGAUGGAGCUGCAGAACAACGGCUACAUCGCCAAAGUCCAGUGCGCUGAGGUUUGGUGCCCAAUGUCUCCUGAAUUUUACCGGGAGUAUGUGGCAAUCAAAACCAAGAAACGAAUCUUGCUGUAUACCAUGAACCCCAACAAAUUCAGAGCUUGCCAGUUUCUGAUCAAGUUUCAUGAAAGGAGGAAUGACAAGAUUAUUGUCUUUGCUGACAAUGUGUUUGCCCUGAAGGAAUAUGCCAUUAGGCUGAAAAAACCCUAUAUCUAUGGUCCUACAUCCCAAGGAGAGAGGAUGCAGAUACUCCAGAAUUUCAAGCACAACCCCAAAAUCAACACCAUCUUCAUAUCCAAGGUGGGUGACACAUCGUUUGAUCUGCCAGAAGCAAAUGUUCUCAUUCAGAUCUCAUCUCAUGGUGGCUCCCGGCGGCAGGAGGCCCAGAGGUUGGGGCGAGUGCUCCGAGCCAAAAAAGGGAUGGUUGCUGAGGAGUACAAUGCCUUCUUCUACUCACUGGUGUCCCAGGACACACAGGAAAUGGCUUAUUCAACCAAGAGGCAGAGGUUUUUGGUAGAUCAGGGUUAUAGCUUUAAGGUGAUCACAAAGCUUGCUGGCAUGGAGGAUGAAGAGCUGGCAUUUUCCACGAGAGAAGAGCAGCAACAGCUCUUACAGAAAGUCCUGGCGGCCACUGACCUGGAUGCUGAGGAAGAGGUGGUGGCAGGAGAAUUUGGCUCCAGAUCUAGCCAGGUAUCUCGGCGCUUUGGCACCAUGAGCUCCAUGUCUGGGGCCGACGACACCGUGUACAUGGAGUACCAUUCGGCUCGGAACAAGGCUUCCACGAAGCACGUGCACCCGCUUUUCAAGCGCUUCAGGAAAUGACAUCCGUAGGGUCACGUGGGUGAGGGCUGGGUCCUCGGCACCAACAUCAGAUAGGGAUUUUCCACAUCCUUAUUCUUUGCUCUAGCAUUGGCCAAACUGAUCUAGAGGCGAUGUUUGUUAACUGUGUUGAGGAAAGUGGAUCAAGAGCUUGGUUCUGUUUUCAUGGGUCAUCCAGGGCUUAAAGAAAGUUGGGAGACUCUGUUUUUUGGGUUUUUUUCCCCCAGACCCCUUUUCAAUCAUGGGCAGUGGUCAUUCCUGUAUAUAAAUAUUUGUAAUAUUUAAGAUGUAUUUAUCUUAAUGUUCUGAAUAAACAGAAGUGGAGAAUUUGACCACUCUUGAUUACAGGUGUUCUGCCUUGUCACAGGCCCUUUUUGUAGCAGGGACUGAGGAGUAAGAUGGGGCCCAUCUCUGAGGAGCUCUACUGGGGAGACACACCCCAAGAUAAAGAAGACCUGCUUCUUGGUGUUGAGGCAUGGACAGGGCCAAGGCUCAGAGAGAGGGAAGAGCUAGAGCUGCCUAUUCACCGUUUAGCCUCUGUGCCUUCAAUGCUAGGCACCCCUGUGUGCAGGUCCUCUUGGUCACCUGAAGGCCAUCCAUGCCUAGGAAGCCACCGUGCACACAGGCCCUACAGUUGGGCUUCACCGAGAGAGUGAGCUCUUACUUCUUCCCCAGAUUCAUUUUUGAUAUUGUUGGGAGGCUGGGUUCCUUUUCAAAUAGCAGUGUGAUGUUCUUGGGUCUUUAAUAGCUAGUUCCUUUAUUCUGAGAAAUGUCUUUUUCUCUCUUGUUCUGGGCAUGAAAGAAAAGAGGGAAAGAAAAGGCAGGAAUGUUUCAUAAAAGAGAGACACACAAGGCAUAUAUAGGUCACAAAGAAUAACUUGUUAUUUUGAGGAGGAGGCUUAUCCUAAUAGGCCACGGUACUUGCACCUGGGGAGUGUUGAAAGCCUGUGCUAAAUAAAUAAGGCCUCUAAAUUUGGAGUCCCUGCCCACCCUCCCACCACCCCCCUGGGGCUCCGCAGCAGCAGCAGCAGCAGUAGCAGCAUUCUGUUUCCUGUCAUCAGACACACCUCUACGGCUGUUCUGUGAAGCAGCUGCAGACCAGGCAUGGGAAGACAGUACCUAUUUGAUCAGGAGUGCUUUGCAGCAAGAGCCACCUUACCCGAAUUCCACUUCUCUGAGCUGACUUUUGGGGCCAAACACUCAUAGUCUGGCCAGCAGCUAGCUGCUCUGUGCAAACCCCAGAAAUGGCCCGGAGCAGCCAGAUCUGAGGCCUGCGCUCAGGCAUGUAUGCACUAAGGCCUGUAGGGCUGCUCAUUACUCACCCUGAUGGGCUGGCACCUAAAUGUCUUAGACUUGAUCACAACCGGUAUUAUUUCCAGAUUCUUAUCUCCUGUUACACCUUUCUGCUUGAGAUACUCAAUACCAAAUACUUCUUGUAUCUUCACAUUUCUGCCCUUGGUUCUCACUGUUUUCUUGUUCUGUAAUCUGUCUACUGAUAAUGUGGACUUUUACCCAAGCCCUGUGAUCUAGAAAAUGGGGACUGUUAAAGAAAUCCUCCAUUUUUUGUGUUCUGGAAAAGUGCUUACUGUAGAGAGCAACCUUCCCACAUAUGACUUGGACAAGACUAGAGGAUGCCCCCUUUGUUUGCCUGUGACAAGGCCAGACACAGAUCUUCCAUGUUCCCAUUUUUUGCCUCUGCUGUGCUAUGUCCUUUAUGGUGUUGGUUUUCUUCGUUUUUUAUAUUUGUACCUAUUAGUCUGAGUUCUGUCUGUACCUUAGGAGCUGGUGUAUAGUAGGUGCCUAGUGACUGUUGAAUUGGAUUCUUAAAAGAGUUUAUGGACUUAAGAAAAGUUAAAGAAAAAUCUUUAAACACUU